GUGCACUGCACUACGCCUUCCACCAGGCCUGGAUUCUGCACGCCCUCUCUCUUGUCCACCUCAUGCCAACGGCCCGUCAUGAACAACUUUGGCGUCAUCGAGCUCGCCGGCGCAAGGACGACGGCCGCGCCGGGAUGGGCCUACGUGCCGGACGUGGGCCCGGCGGCCGCCGUGCAGCAGCCCGCGAACCGCAAACGCGCGCGCAACGCCCCCGGCGGCAACCUCAGCAUCGGAGACCUGUCGGCGCGGCAGGAGGCCAAGGCGCGCAAGGAGAUUGAGGCGCUGGACCGGGACGGCGCGAGGGACGCGUCGAUCCCGCUACCCGUGAAGAGCGGGAGAGCACAAGUCAAGUACACGCCCAACGUGCGGCGGAUCAUGCAGUCACAAAAGACGUUUGCGAACCACCUCGACGACUUCCUCGCCCUGCAGGCCCUCGCGGAGGCCAACCCCAAUGCGCAAGCCAGCUCCUCCAGACCGGGCGUCGCGUCCGGCUCCGGCUCCGGCAAGCGGCCUUCGCAGGUCGGCAAGAGAGACGCCGCAACGACUUCGAGACAACAAUCGGCCACCGCGGCGACGACACCCAGAGACGCGGAUACGCCCAUGACCGAUGCCGGCCCGACCCUGCCGCCGGUCCUCCCGCCCCCGUACCGGGCGCCGCCCGCCGCGCACCCUGGCGAUGACGACCCGCUGCUCAUGUCCCGGGUGCCCGAGGUGCCGUCGGACGAGGAGCUGCGGGCGCUGCUGGCGCACCCACCGCUGACGUACCUGGAGGCGCUGGGCCGGCGCGACGGCACGUACCCGACGAGGACGUUUUGCGAGGUCUGCGGGUACUGGGGCCGGGUGCGCUGCAUGAAGUGCGGGACGAGGGUCUGCGCGCUGGACUGCCUCGAGACGCACCGCGAGGAAUGCGUGACGAGGUACGGGCUCUGACGAGAUAUGGGCGAAGAGAGAGCGAGAAGCAUGAGUCAAUGGCGCGUGGGCGAUCUGCAUGGGAAGGCGUUGAAACUACGAAAGCACUUGUGAUACCCAUAUACAGCACUUUACGAAUGGAAAAUGUGUUUACGAAGUACGAAGCAGAUAGUGAGUCAGGCGGGCGUACUUUAUUGCUCCUUUGCGGAGAUUGGACUCCUAGCUGCAAUUGCAGAGGGUUGACCCGUG